CUUCUGGUGGGGCCGGAAGCGGCGGGAGGGAGCAGGGCCGUUGGGGCCGGCCAGCUGUUACACCCCCCACCCCCCCCCCGCCGCUGCUGCCGCCAUCAUGGGCAUCCCGGGGCUGACGGGCUUCGUGGAGGAGCACGGCGGGUUCCUGGCGGCCGUGCGGGUGCGGCGCACCAAGCUCGUCAUUGACGGGAGCAGCCUCUACCACCGGCUCUUCUUCGCCUGCGGCGCCGACGUGCGCCACGGCGGCGACUACGGGCGCUUCGCGGCGGCGGUGGGCGCCUUCUUCGGCAGCCUGCGGGCCUGCGGCGUCGCCCCCUACGUGGUGCUGGACGGCGGGCGCGACGCCGCCGACGGGAAGCUGGCCACGCUGCGGGGCCGCGCCGCCGAGCGCCUGCGGACGGCGCACGGGCUCUCCCGCGGCGGCGGCGGCGGGGGGCUGCUGCCGCUGCUGGCCCGCGAGGCCUUCGUGCAGGCGCUGCGGCGGCUCGGCGUGCCGCUGACGCAGUGCUUCGCCGAGGCGGACCGCGAGAUCGCCGCCCUGGCCAACCGCUGGGGCUGCCCCGUCCUGACGCUGGACAGCGACUUCUGCAUCUUCGACCUGAGCGCCGGCUACUGCCCCCUGAGCCACUUCCAGUGGCAGAGCAUUUGCGGCGGCGACGACGCGCUGGGCUGCUAUAUUCCCGCGAGGUGCUUUUCUGCAGAGAAAUUCUGCAGCCACUUCGGUCGGCUGAACAAAACCUUGCUGCCGCUCUUUGCCGUCAUGAACGGGAACGACUACGUGAACCUGCCAGCUCUUGAGAUUUUCUUCAGCAAGGUGCGACUGCCAGGUGGAUGCUGUGGCUGGAAGGGGAGGAAGCACGUCCGCAUCCAGGGACUUCUGAACUGGCUCUCUCGUUUUGCUGAGCCAACGGAGGCUAUAGAAGACGUACUGAAAUAUCUUAAGAAACACCAGAGAGAAGAAAUCAGGGAGCUCCUGCACGCUUCAAUGGAAGGCUAUACGCCAUCUGAUGUGAAUCUCGAGGACUUUUUUCAGCAUGGAAAGUACGAAUCUCAAGCAGCUAGGAAAUCAGACUUACCACAGUGGGUACUUGAUGCUUUGGCAAAAGGUGAGCUGUCCCCAUUUAUCAGUGAUGCCCUGAUUUUAAGAAGUACCUUCCUCCACGUUCAGGUGGAGAACAUGCAGAGAUCCAGCGCACAUAGCACAGCUUUGCCCAUUCGGCAAGUUAUCUAUGGAAUGCUUCUGAAAAUAUCUCAUACUACCGAAGCUGCUUCUCCAAGUAAGCAGAUCAACAAGCUGCCAGUUGUAUGUGAAUUUGACAGAAUCCAAAAGACACUCAAAAAAACAUUUGUUCAAGCAGCAAGUCUACCCACAGAUUUUUGUGAUGAUCAUUUUCCUUUGGACAAAUUAAUGGAGGUGCCCAGGUCAUGCCGUCUAAUGCUUUUGCUGGAGACUCUAGGAGUGAAAAUGACUAUCCUGGAAUCUGUCCCCAGUCACUUACAGCUCCCUGUCGCUGUAACCUGUUACUGGACACGUAGUUCAGAACCAAAAGUGAAAUUGCAUCAGUUAAAGGCUUUACUUCUAAUGAUAAUAUUUAGGGAAUUGCACAGGACAACGAAUGAUCCAGAUCGCACAGUUUCAUGUUUUGAAGAUGACAGCAUUACAUAUAACCAAUUUCCAAAUGAGAAGAAAACGCAAAAUACAGACUUUGAUUUAGAUGCUGCACACUCUUUUUGCCAGUGGCAGUGCUGUCUCCAGAUGGGAUAUUAUCUCAACCAGCUACUUUCCUCUCCUCUCCCUGAGCCAGACUUAACCAGAAACAACUGAACUCCUUGACUGUUGCUUACUUUCACCCCACAAGAAAUUCCCCUGAAAAUAUUUGUGAAAAUAUCCCAUUGUUGAUUCACAAUUGCUCUGAAAAGUCUCUCCAACUUGCCAUUUGGUGCUGGUAGUCAAGAAUGGAACCGAAAAAACAACACCCCCAAUUCAUAUACACCUGGUCCAAGCAUUCUUCUAUCAUGGGGUUCAGCAGGUCUACAAUGCAAAUAAUGAGACUGAGCUAAAACAGUAAUCUUAUUUUUUUCAUCUUCCACUGGAAAACAGCAAAGUUACAUUUGGUGUAUUUAAAAUGAAUUUCAUUCAAUUAAAUUCACCCUUCAAGAAAGCAACAUGAAUUGUUCUUCAGGGUCUGAAAUUUUAUUUCUUCUCUAGACUGACAUACCUUAUUCAGAAACUGAGUCUUCUGCUAGGAAAGUGGUAUGUCAUAAAUUUGCUUUAAAGACUAGGAAAUAACACUUGAAAGCUAACAAGACAUUUUGGUGUUUAUCUGAACUUCUAUAUGUAUAUGGAUUUCUGAGGCUCCAAGACAACUGCAGACCACAAAUUAAUCAAAUCCCACAGGUAAGACAAUCUCUUGUCGAUAUUCUCAUGUGAAAAGUAUAGUAGCUAGAGUAUGCCAAAAGCCAAGUUAGUUCAAAAGAUUCUUCAGCAUGCAUUGUCAGUUUUCACUGUCAGUCUCUACUGACAUCUGAAGAAUACUAGACAAUUUACUAGUAAGUUCUAAAAUAUUUUGCAAUAGUUGCAAGUCUGUGUGGAGGAAGACAUUGUUUCUAAUUAGUGAAUACCAGAGUAUUCAGACAUCAUCCACGUAUUAAAACUAUUUUUAUCCUAUCAAGACUCCACUAUAUUUUCUAGCCCCAAAAGGUCAUUCUGUAAGUUAAAACUGUAAGUUACACUGUAAGAGUAAACUGUUUUGUGAUUGGGAAGAAAGAACGAACAGGGGAGGCAUAAAGAAAUGUAAGCUUCUCUCAAAGAGGAAUGGAAUUUUGUGCCAUUAGAGUGAAAAUUAGUGCAUUCAUUUUUUAAUUCAGUAUACUACAAGAUACUUCAAUAACCCUGGCUUAUAACUGCUUGAGUGGUCUAGCAUUUGUAAGCUAAAGUAAAACAGACAUGAAACAAAGCUGGUAUCUGAAAGGAUGUCAAAACAAGCACAACAAUCUGGUGUAAACGCCAGUUACUUUUAAAACAUUGAGACACCACACUUAAGUAAGAAAAGCAAACAUUUACUUCAAAUUGCAGUAUAGGCUUUUCAAUCACAGAAAGAAAGAAAAGAAAAACAGUGAUCUGACAGCGGUCACAUCCUGUGCAAAAAACUCAGGAUACAAAAAAAAAAAAAACUUUAGCACAAGGUACUUGAGCCGCUUACACAUUGCAGGAUAAAGUAAAUAAAUACAGUAGCUGGAAUAUGGCACUCUUGUGACAAGACUAAACCCAGUGGAAUGCCUCUGAAAUAAUUUUUAUCCUUAUAUUAGUAGCAAAGUCCCACCACCAUAAAAGUAAAAUAGUACAAUGU